GACAUGAAAGCCAGGGCGUGGAGCCAGCUCGCCGCUGUCCAUCUGGAAGCUCGUUCGGAUGCGGAAGAUGGAGGGGAGAAGAGCUUGCAGGCUGAAUCCGUUUGCGCACUCAUCAGGCGCCUUGGAUCCCUGGACAAGACGUUGGCGGAUUUCAUGAGG